AUGUCUAACAGAAUCAUUGAAUUGCAAAAAAUAUUCCAAUCAUCUACCAAACCAUUGUGGUGGAGACACCCAAGAUCUGCAUUCUACCUAUACCCCUUCUACGGUUUAAUGGCUGUCGCUGUGGUAGCACCAUUGCUAUACAUUCCAAAUGCUGUUCGUGGCAUCAAGGCUAAGAAAUAG